CACACAACAGCAGCAGCAGCAGCAGCAGCAGCAGCAGCAGCAGCAGUCACUGUCACAGCGGCAGCGGUCAGCAAAAGCAAAAGAGAGAAACAGUGUGUCGCUGUCUUAGUCGCGCUUCUCUCAGCUGUGAGUACUCAGUGUGUGAUGCCUGCCCAAGCGCACUUGUUGUUGGUCGAUAUUUAUCCACGGGCUGUCAGUCGCUGCUGAGCUACGAGAAGUAGCUCCCCGAUCGCUGCAUCGGAGUGUAACAUACUCGAAAUAUCUUGAGAGAGGGUGUCGAUCGACGCACCCCCCGGAAAUUUUUCAUCCGCUUUGUUUUUGGUGUUCAAGAGAAAAAAAAAAGAUCGUCCCGCGAUCUACGGGUGGAAAAAGUUGCGACUGCCAAGGUGAAAAGAAAGUGACUCCAAGCGCGCUGCUCGGUGAACUAAAACAUUGCAAAAUGGUCGAGGUCUUGAUGGAAUCGGGCGGCCAAGACGUCGUGGUGCCGGAAACGCCUCGCUCCGGCACGCCAACCGAGUGCGACGCCAACCUGACCGCUAGUACUCGGGGGACGACGACGACGAGCAUUCGGGACGUCGUCGGCACGGAUCAGCACGAUCUCAGCACGCUGCAGCGAUUUUACGCCCACUCCAACAUCUUCAUCACGGGCAGCACCGGCUAUCUGGGCAAGCUGCUGGUGCAGAAGCUGCUGCGCACCUGCGCCGACAUCUCCAACGUCUAUCUACUGAUCAGGCAGAAGAAGGGCCAGAAGGUCGAUCAGAGACUGGAGCAGAUAUUCGACGAUCCGGUCUUCGAGGCGCUGAGGGAGGAGCAGCCGAAAUAUCGACACAAGGUCGUGGCCAUCGCCGGGGACUGUAGUCUGCCUGGACUCGGUAUCUCCGAGGCGGAUCGACGCACCUUGAUCGAGAACGUGGAUAUCGUGUUUCAUGUGGCGGCUACGGUGCGAUUCGAUGAAAAGCUCAAGCUCGCCGUGCCGACCAACGUGCAGAGUCCAAGGGACGUGAUCAAGCUUUGCAAGGAGAUGCCCCAGUUGAGAGCGUGCAUACAUGUCUCCACUGCCUACGCCAAUUGCGUGCAGAAUCCGAUCGAGGAGAAGUUUUACGACGUGCCGAUCAGCGGGGAUAAACUGAUCUCUUUGGUCGAAAAUACCGAUGAAAAGCUCAUCGAAGAUAUCACAAAACCACUCUUGCAGAAUUGGCCAAACACCUACACCUUCACUAAAGCCGUGGCCGAAAAUAUCGUACGUAACGAGGCCGAAGACUUGCCCGUCGGUAUCUUCAGGCCCGCUGUCGUAAUCUCCACUUACGAGGAUCCGCUGAGAGGAUGGAUCGACAAUCUGUACGGGCCGACGGGGGUGGCCGCCGGAGCUGGCUCCGGACUGCUGCACUCCAUACACUGCGACGGCAGCCUCAAGGCCAACGUCGUGCCCGGCGACUGGACCGUGCACGCGCUCAUCGCUAGCGCCUGGGACGUCGCCGAAAGACGCAAAGACGCGGAGGAGGGCGAUCGGACGAUACCGAUUUACAAUUACACGAACAAGGACAAUCCGAUAACCUGGGACGAACUGAAGGUCAUGACGGCCAAGCACGGCCUCCACUUACCGACUGUGCGCGCCGUCUGGUACUACAGCUUCGGCAAUACCAAGUCAAAGUGGCUGCACAUGUUCUACGUCAUAUUUUUGCAUCUGUUGCCAGCCUACCUGGCGGAGGGUUGCUACCGUCUGACCGGCAAAGGCGAGCUAGGAGUACUCAGAAUUUAUAAAAAAAUUCACAAAUUCAUGAACGUAUUGAAUUACUUCACGACGCAAGAAUGGCAAUUCGGUAACGAGAACGUCCGAGCUUUGGCGGAAAAGCUCGACUCCAAGGAUCGCACACUGUUCCCCAUGGACAUGAGGGAAGUCAUUUGGGACAAAUACUUUCAGACUUAUAUCAAGGGAAUCAGAAUAUAUCUCAUUAAAGAUCCUCUGGAAACUCUUGGAAAGGCCCGACUAAAAUGGCAAAUUUUGUGGUUCCUUCAUACAGCUGCUAAACUUUUCUUGGUGUAUGUGCUGUGGAAGCUCAUCUAUGCCGUGUACAGCUCAGCUUUCGGCGCAUAAACGAGAAAAACAGAUACAGUACAGACGAGUUUUAUUUUGGAUAAACAGUGAUAAUAUCAUCACCAGUAGUUUUGUGCAUUUUUUUGUGAUAGAAUGAUGAUAUUCGCAGCGUUUAUAAUCUCUUCAGCGAAUUGCCAACGUGUAAAUGCCAAGUGCAAUGUAAAAAAAAAAAUAUUACGAUCCAUGAUUGCGUCAAAGGUGCCCGAGUGUAAGAGAGAGACAGACAGACAAAAAAUGUACACGCAUCAAUGAAAAUAUCUCAAUGACCUAAGUUUUGAAGAUUCUUGGUUAACGACUCUUCUACGGGAUAAAUCAUCGGUACAGCCGAUAAUAUUUGCAUAGUCUUUUAUGAGUGCAUUAUAUAUGUAUACUACGUUCGUUCGUGUAUGUAUAUUGGUUUCAGAAAAGUGUGAUGUGUAUGUGUGUGUACCACAAAGCUAUGUAAGCCAAGAUUUAUUGAAGUUUCAGUUUUUUUCUGUUUUUUUUUUCUACUCUACAACAUGGUGUCGCGAUAAAAUAACCUUAUGCUAAACACAAACGCGUGUAUCGUGUGCAUGUGUGCGCAACGCCCACGGGAGACUGUAGCUUCUGAAUAACAUUAAAGCAAGUGUAAAUGAUGUAGUUUUCUAUUGUGUUAUUAAGUUCAUUACGGCUACACUAUAAUCGUGUAAUAGAGGUUUAAAGAUAUAAUUAUUUUAUUCGAUAAAUGAAAUCAAUUUUUCUUUUUUGUAAUUAAACUAAUGUUAAAAUGUCAUUAUUAUGUAUUUAAUGGUAAACUAUUAUCUCGUUAGGAUACGAAUGAUUAGCUUUAACGAUCGUUCAUGAAAUGUAUAAAAUAUAUAUAAAAUAAUAAUCUGGUAAAUCACGCUUUUGAAGCAAUUACCAGCCUGUAACUUAUUAUUAUAUUUAUAGUACAAAUAAAAAAAAUAGUUGGUAUUUUUAAA